GUAGAGCCACCUUGGCACGACAUUUCGAGACUGAAUAUGAUCCAGCUUGGUGUGAGAACGCUUGUGAUAACUGCCAAGCUCAGCGAGAGUUUCAAGAUAUUGAUGUUUCUUCAAUUAUGACGAAAGCAGCACAGCUUAUCGAAGAGCAGAAAAGUGGGCAGGGCUCAGGAAGGAUAACAGGAGGGAAACUACUAGAACUCAUACUGAAGUCAAUGAAAACCACGAGAGAGUAUAUGGAACUGGUGAUAAGCGAACUUCUUCUGAAAAAGUAUCUUGAAGAAUCAUUCCACUUCACACCCUACAGCAUUAUCAGUUAUAUAGAAUUAGGACCGAGAUGGGUUCCUAACGUAGUUGUGACCCUGGCAAUGGCUAGUGAAAGCACGAAAGCUAAGAAAAGGAAAAUCGAAGAGAUUACUUUGUGA